AGUGCUCUUGGACCUGAACGCCGGGUGGACUGAUUGCUCAGCUAUGCAGUAGAGAGAGGCGGAUUAGCUGGAGCUGAGCAGAGGAUUGGACGUCUCUCCAUCACCUGGCGGACCCUACUCUUCGUCACUUUUCACCGGACUUCUCCUUCCUUCCUUCCUUCCUUCCUUCCUUCCUUCAUUCCUUCCUUCCUUCCUUCCUUCCUUACUUCCUUCUCCCCCUCUUUCUCCUAUCCCCAGCCAUGACCCUAUCAGAGGACCAGUCUGUGAGGCCUCAGCCGUGCCGGAUCCCGGAGCCCGGCAAACACAUCAGCUCCUCCCUGUACCCGACAGACUGCAGCAAAGAGGCCUUCGUGGACAGUGGGGAAAGCGGUGUGUUCGGGGCCGUGGAGCCCCACCGGCACUCCCGGGGCCGCCUCAUCCUCCACGGCACGGUGAUGUUUGGGAGGGAAUUCUGCUACGCCGUGGAGGCCGCCUUCGUCACGCCGGUGCUGCUGAGCGUGGGUCUCCCUCGCAGCCUGUACAGCCUGGUGUGGCUGAUCAGCCCCAUCCUGGGCUUCCUGCUGCAGCCCGUCAUCGGCUCCGCCAGCGACUACUGCCGCUCGUCGUGGGGCCGACGGAGGCCCUACAUCCUGGCGCUGGGAGUCAUCAUGCUGAUAGGACUAACCCUGUUCCUCAACGGAGACGCUGUCGUCUCAGCAUUAGUCAGCGACAAGUCGUUGAGGAGUAUAUGGGCCAUCGUGAUCGUGAUGCUGGGAGUGGUUCUGUUUGACUUCGCUGCAGACUUCAUCGACGGGCCCAUCAAGGCCUACCUGUUCGAUGUGUGUUCACAUACAGACAAGGAGAGAGGGCUCCACUACCACGCCCUACUCACAGGUCUGGGUGGUGCGUUCGGGUACCUGGUUGGAGCGAUGGACUGGGGCCACUCGGUUCUGGGCCAGGUGCUGGGCUCUGAGUACCAGGUCAUCUUCUUCUUCUCAGCGCUGACCUGGGGCAUCUUCCUCACAUUGCACCUCUUCAGUAUUCCAGAGCAGCCUCUGGGAAAAGACCCCUCGGACUCCGCCCCCUCGAGAUCCAACGCCCUCCGCCUGCUGGGGCCCCACAGUAAUGGUUACGGAGCGCUGGCUAAAGAGCCUGUCUCACCUGUGGGCCCCGGACCCGUCGCAGACCUCAGGCCCAGAUCCUUCUCUGCUCUGGGGGAGGCCAACUCGGUGACCUCCAGCGCCAAGCAGCCAAACAAAGAGGCCCAGAAGAGGAUGACAUUCAGGUCGAUGAUGAAAGCGAUCAUGAACAUGCCGAGCCAUUACCGCUACCUGUGUGUCAGCCACCUGCUGGGCUGGACCGCCUUCCUCUGCAACAUGCUCUUCUUCACUGAUUUUAUGGGACAGAUCGUGUACAAGGGGAAUCCGUACGCCGAGCAUAACUCCACAGCCUACAUCACGUACGAGCGAGGGGUAGAAGUGGGCUGCUGGGGUCUUUGUAUUAACGCCGUUUCCUCCGCUCUCUACUCCUACGUGCAGCGCUUCCUGCUGCCGUACAUCGGCCUGAAGGGAUUAUACUUUGUGGGAUACUUGACGUUCGGCCUGGGCACCAGCCUGAUCGGACUCUUCCCGAACAUCAUCGCCACGCUCAUCCUCUGCACCGUCUUUGGAGUCAUGUCCAGCACGCUCUACACCAUCCCCUUCAACCUGAUCGCAGAGUACCAGCUGGAGGAGGAGGAGCAACUGAAGCUGCAGGGAUUCUCAGGGAGUCAGCGGGGGACGGGGGUGGACUGCGCCGCGCUCACGUGCAUGGUGCAGCUGGCGCAGAUCAUCGUGGGCGCGGGACUGGGAGCGCUGGUGAACCUGGCGGGCAGCGUGGUGGUGGUGGUGCUCUCCGCCUCCACCGUGUCGCUGUUCGGAUGUAUCUUCAUCGCCGUCUUCAUCCGAUACGUCGACUAACUGUGUAAAAGUGUUUUAAUGGUGUUCUUUUAAUAAAUACAGAUUCUUUAUUAAAUAACAUGUCACUCUUUUGGCACAGAAGUCUUCACGGGUUCAGCUUCAGGCAGAAAUUGAUUUGCAUGAAGGAUGAAAGUGAAAACAGUUAUCUGUCUUUUCUGCUCAUUAUUUUAGUCCUACCUCCGAGGAGGAUCUGUUUUCAAGGCCUUUGACGUCUGGAGGAAAACAAAGGCUGUGCCUGAAGGCAUCGUUGAUAUUCCUGCCAACAUUUCAGACGUUUUCUUUGUUAACGUGGAUCGCUGGAGCAACUCUGGUGCAGAUCUCAGGUAUACAUUCAGGGAGUUUCUUCUGUCCGGUCCCAGGGGUAUUUAGAGCAGAACCUUCGCUUUAGUAUUUAUAGGA